AUGAUUUUUUUGUCUUGUUUCUUAUUCAAUAAGGAUCCCACAGCAAAAGUUCUGAGUACUUCAUCUCAUCCCAAGAGCAAAUGGAGGCCAUUACCAUUGGACACAGUGGUAGGUGCAUUGAGAUCUCUCUUGAACUUAUAUGAAGAUGCAUGUUGCAUUUUAAUAAAUUAAAAUAAAUUAAAACAUUCUUUAUAUUAAAGGAACUUGAAAAACUGGCAUCACGUAAGCUUAAAAUCAAUGCUAAGGAGACAAUGAAAAUAGCAGAAAAACUCUACAAUCAGGGGUAAGUACAUUGCUCAUUUCACUGCCUUAAUGAUUGUUAAUUUGUUGGUAGUGUUGAUAGUGUUGUUUUUAAAACAUUUACUAUAAAAGCUAAAAAAUGAAGCAGAUCUAUAUGCUUAUUGUUUCAGGUUCAUCAGUUAUCCACGCACAGAAACCAACAUGUUUCCCAAGUCUUUAGAUCUGAGGCCUCUUAUUCAAAAUCAAACUGUUGAUGCUAACUGGGGAGGUAAGUUCAAGAUUGUUUAAUAUCGAGCAACUCAGGGGCCAUCAAAAUACUGUAAGGUUGACCCAAUAGUGACCUACACUAUAGCAUCCCAUACAAAAGGAGUAGUAAUAUUCCUACAAAAGGUGUAUCAUACUACACCUAACUGAGUUAAUCUUUGGCCAUGGGCAUUUCUACCUCAUUGGUGGGCUUUUUCUAGGUUAACUAAUAGUUGUUGUUCCAAGACUCUUUUUAAAGAAAGUGACUUUUGAAGGAAGACAAGCAAGAAACUAGAGUGCUCUUUGUUAAAACUGCUUCCUAAAUGUAAUUGUUAUCAUUGUCUUGUUACUUUUGUAGAAUUUGCUGCUGGGGUGCUAGAGAGAGGCCCCAAUCCUCGCCGUGGAAACAAAACAGACAAUGCCCAUCCUCCAAUCCACCCCACAAAGUACACAGAUGGCUUACAGGUAGCUGCUACAGUAUCAUAUUUCUUUUUUAUUGUGAUUUUUUUUUUUAAAUCGUAGACAAAAGAGAACAUAAUAACAGUCUGUGAGAGUUAGGAAAAUCCUGAGUCAACAAUAGUGUUUCUUGAACUUCUUUGUGAAUAGAGAGUAAAAGAAUAAUCAGUACUGUAAAUGUGUGCAAAUUGGUAAAAUUUUGAUCUGAAUAAUUCGUGUAUGCAUCAAUAUUUUUUAUUAAUCAAUAAAUAUUCAAACACUGUUUCAUCAGUUUAUAAUUUAAUAGAAGUCCAAGGCAAAGAAAGAUAAAGUGAUUUCAAUCAACGCUGAAGCUGGUUGUUUGUCACACGUGGUGUAAAGCAAUGUGUUUUGUACGUAAGUUUUUCAAAAAAGUAAUUUACAGAACUAAAACUUAACAAAACUUUAUUUUUCAGGGCAAUGAAAAAAGGCUGUAUGAAUUCAUAGUAAGACAUUUUUUAGCCUGCUGUUCUGAGGUGAGCAGUCUUGGUUUCCUUACUGCACCAAAAUGAUGACAUAUGUUUUUUUUUUAUCUUCCUGCUGCUGUUCCCAGCUUCUCUAUGAGAUUAUAAUAGCAUCGUGUUUUUAUUUAUAGGAUGCGAAGGGGCAGGAGACUAAUGUGGAAAUAGAGAUUGCUGGAGAAAAGGUACACAACCCACAUAUAACUUACAGCUCUGAUAGAACUGGAAUAUGUUAUUAUUCACAAAAACUUUAUUCUUAUAAACUCUUAUGAGUUUGGCACCAGAUCAAGGAGCUUUGAAUUAUUUGAAAAGUUCUUUACAAGAAUGGGGUAUGUGCCUUCUUUGGUUAUUUGUUUUUAAAGCAAUUUCCAAAUUUGGAUAACAAACACAGCUUUACAAAGUUUCAACAGGCUACAAGAAAGUGUUCUGGGCACCUUACAUAUGAUGCUGGAAUCACUCCUGGAUUUAUUAAGAUCACAAUCUACAACCAAUUAAUUUAAGGGAAUUGUUUGGAGGGUUUGCUGUUCAAGCUUAAAAUUAAAAAAAAAAUAAUGUUUCUAAGUAUGAUCAUCUUCUAGUUUACAGCUAAAGGAUUGAUGAUUACUGCAAGGAACUAUCUUGAUGUGUAUCCAUAUGACAACUGGAAUGCAAAGGUAAUAUAUCUCAUGGAGCUAAUAUUUACAGGGCUGUCACGAAAAGAUUUCAAGUUCCCGGGUAAAUACAACAAGUAGGCGGGGAAGCAGACAGCUAGGGAUUUCUUUUUAUGUUAUUUUUCUUCCAUUUUCCUGUGAAAGUAGCCCGGGGCCCCGUUCUUAGUAACUGGGGGAAAUCCCCAGCCCCCGCCUCUUAAUGACAGCUCUGGUUUACCCCAAAAUUUAUUACUCUGUGGUGCUCAGAACUUUCUCUUGCAUUCAACCAAAAGUGUGAAAGGUAAUAAGGGUAAUGUAUUUUAAGAAAGAUUUUUUUCAACAGAAGGUUUUCACUUUACAGUAAGGAUUAUUUUACAACGUAGUCCACACCUUGUUUUAAACCUGUAGAAGUUCCUGCAGGGUUCAAAAAUCAUUUGAAUCCCAGCACAUCCUUGACGCAAGUACCUCUUACAUUUUUCUUGCCAUUCCAACUACUUGCUUGUCUAAGUUAAUGACUAAAAAUAUAUAUAUAUAUGUUUUUAAUACAUGUAUUUGUUAUUUUGAAGUGUUUAUAUGGCAUUAUAUUAUGCAUAAAUAGUUUAUGCUUUAUUUCUUUUGCUUGUCUUGUUUUAGACAAUCCCAGUGUAUAAUCAAGGUGAAGAAUUUCAACCAAGCUCCAUUGAGGUUGGUAAACAAAGUGCCAGUUUCUCUCAUUAG